AAAAUAUCAAUGCAUACUUGUGUCUUCAAAGAGGAUGCCAGAAAGGCCUACUUGGAUUAAGAUGGAAAGGUAGAUUUAGGUAAAAUCCAAGCAAGAUGGAGUGAAUUAGGUAAGAUUAAAGUCAGUCUUGGAAAUAAAUAUUUCACACCAGCUGUAGUCGAGAAAGUGAAGGGUCUUUCAGAUUCCGAUUAAUAAAGAUUCUUGGAUGUAAUGAUGGGAGGUUUAUCAAAUGAUGAUAGCUCAGUUGGAGUAUAUGCAACUAGACCUGAAGAUUAUGAUGUUUUUUCUUUUUAUUUAGAACCAUUAAUAAGAGAAUAUCAUAAGAUAGAAGGUCAAACAAAAUAGGAACAUGAUUGGAAUAUUCCAGUGGGAGAAUACGUUCUUACAAAAAUAGAUUCAAGAUUAGAAAAGGUAUCAAUGAGAGCAAGAGUAGCACGUAAUGUGAAGGGAUGGAAUUUACCACCAUCUAUGGAUAAAGAUGAGAGAAUUAGAUUUGAAAAUAAGAUGGUAGAAGUAUUUGGCAGUUUCGGAAUUCAAGGAAAAUAUCACAGUUUAACACCAGGCCAUAAGAAUUAUAUUACAAAUGAAUAAGCAGAUUAAUUAAGAAACAAACACUUCUUAUUUAAUGAUAUGACAACUGAUAAUCAUUUAACAUCAUCAGGAGUAGCAUCAGAUUGGCCAUAUGGAAGAGGAAUAUGGGUCAGUGAAGAUGAAACAAAAAUGAUUUGGAUAGGAGAAGAAGAUUAAUUGAGAAUCAUUUCAAUAGUCUAAGGAAAUGAUUUAGGAAAGGUUGAUUAAUCACUUCAUGAAUUAUUGACUGGUAUUGAGAAGAGUGGUUUAGAAUUCGCUGAACAUCCUGUCUAUGGUGUUAUAACUACUUGCCCAACUAAUAUGGGAACAGGAAAGAGAUAAUCUAUUCUAGGAAAAUUCCCUAAUAUUACAAAGGGAGGGACAGAUGAAAAGAAAUUGAAAGAAGUUGCAAGAUCAUUAGGAUUACAAGCAAGAGGAGUUGGAGGUGAACAUUCUAAUAUGGACAAAGAAGGAACAGCUGAUAUCUCACCUUCUGCUAGAUUUGGAGUCACAGAAGCUAUUGUCACCAAAAGACUAUAUGAAGGAUUGAUCAAAUUAUACGACAUGGAAGUUUAAGCUGCUGGAGGAAAUAGACAGAAUUGUUGUAUAAUAUAUUGAAC